CGCGACGGGCCGGCGUUGGGGUGGGGGCGCCCGACGGGAGGUUGACGUGCUGCGGCGUGCGGCCGUCCGGCGGCUGCGGGAGGGGCGUGCGCUGCUUCGCAGGGCGGCUGUGGUACAGCAUGCGCCUCCCGAGACGGUCGCGGGGACAAAGGACCGGCGGAAGCGCGGCGCGGAGCGGGGGCGCCGCAGCCGGUGCUGCGGGAGGUCUGCCGGGCCGCGAGCCGUCAGUUAGCCUGUGUGCUGCUCGCGGAGCUGUAACGGGAAGGAAGCCUUACCUUGAAUGGUAGAGGACAUUCCUUGGAUUAUAAAGCACGUAGGGUGCAAUGGCAGAUCCCAUCCACUGGACCCGGUAUCGUUGGCAGCAACUGAUGUCUACAGAAGGCAGAGAAGAAGGCAGUAGCAGCAACUCAAGUAACAAGCGCCAUCAAGCAAAAAAAACUAUUGGCAAACAUAGGAUAGUGAUACCCUGCUUGGGACAUUUUAAGGAAGAGUAUGAAAAGGUAUCAAAACUGUAUAUGAACAACAAAAUACGGACUACUAAAUAUACUUUACUGAAUUUUAUACCACGCAAUUUAUUUGAACAAUUUCACAGAGUUGCCAAUUUGUAUUUCCUAUUUCUGGUUGUUUUAAACUGGGUUCCCCUGGUGGAGGCUUUCCAAAAAGAAAUUACAAUGCUACCUCUGAUAGCGGUUUUGACAAUAAUCGCCCUGAAGGAUGGUCUGGAAGACUACUCAAAAUAUAAAAUGGAUAAACAGAUAAACAACUUACUAACCAAAGUGUAUAGCCGAAAAGAGAAGACAUACGUAGAUGAACACUGGAAAAAUGUCAAUGUUGGAGACUUCAUCCGGCUUUCAUGUAAUGAAAUUAUUCCUGCUGACAUGGUGCUGUUAUAUUCCAGUGACCCAGAUGGGAUCUGUUACAUUGAAACUGCAGGUCUUGAUGGAGAAACCAAUCUAAAACAGAGGCAGGUGGUGAGAGGAUAUUCAGAGCAGGUCUCUGAAAUUGAUCCAGAAAAAUUUUCUGGUAGAAUAGAAUGUGAAAGUCCUAAUGAUGACCUCAAUCACUUUCGAGGCUUUGUUGAGAAUUCAAGCAAGGAUCGAGUGGGCCUCAGCAAGGAGAACUUAUUGCUGCGAGGAUGCACAAUAAGAAAUACAGAAGCUGUUGUAGGCAUUGUGGUAUACGCAGGUCAUGAAACCAAAGCCAUGCUGAAUAACAGUGGACCUCAUUACAAGCGCAGUAAAUUGGAAAGAAAAGUGAAUUCUGAUAUUCUGUGGUGUGUUCUGCUUCUAAUUUUAAUGUGUUUAACAGGUGCAAUUGGCCAUGGAAUUUGGUUAAGUAGGUAUUCAGAUAUACCUUUUUUUAACAUCCCUGAACCAGAUGGGAAAUCGAUUUCUUCUAUGUUAGCAGGGUUCAAUAUGUUCUGGACAAUGAUCAUUUUAUUACAGGUCUUGAUUCCUAUUUCUCUCUAUGUUUCAAUUGAAAUUGUCAAACUGGGACAAAUUUAUUUAAUACAAAAUGACAUUGAUUUUUACCAUGAGAAAACAGACUCUACGAUUCAGUGUCGAGCAUUGAAUAUUGCUGAAGACCUUGGCCAGAUUCAGUAUAUCUUCUCAGACAAGACUGGAACGCUCACUGAAAAUAAGAUGGUUUUUCGGAGGUGCAGCAUUGCAGGACAGGAAUAUUGCCAUGAAGAAAAUGCAAAGAGGUUGGAAUACUAUCAAGAGAGGGAUUUGAAAGAUGAGGAUUCAGCUGAAGAUCGUUGUGCCUCUUUGGGCCACACGUCAAAAUGGAGAGGACACGACUGUGGAGCUGAGAAUGAAUCUUUGAACAGAAAAUCUUCAAAUCUGUUAUCUGGUAUUUACCCUGAAUUAGGGAGGGAUCAUUCAUCAAGUGAUGCUCCCUGCUCAGGACAUGUUGCUUUCAGCAGCUGCAUUGAAACAGAUGUUGUACCAGAUACACAACUGCUGGAGAAAUUUAGACAUAUUUCUUCUCUUUCCUAUCAAGAAUCAGAAGACAGUAUCAGCAAGUUAGCUUUGGAGACAAUGUACAUCACUGACUUCUUUCUUGCUCUGGCAAUCUGUAAUACUGUUGUUGUUUCAAGCCCCAAUCAGCCACGUCAAAAGAUGAGACGCUCUUCACUGGGAAGAAUGCCUAUUAAAUCCCUUGAGGAAAUCAGGCAGAUGUUCCAGAGGUUGUCAGUCCGUAGACUAAGUUCCUCCCCACUUCCAAGUAUAAAAGAGUCAUCAUCUGAAAACCCAAACAGUUUUGUGAGCAAACUGUCCAUUUUCAGAAUGAAACUGGCUUCACCUGCUUUGGAUGGAGCUGCUCAAAGUACUGCUGAGCCUCACAGUCAGAACAGGCCAGAAAAUCCCCAGUUAACCAAAGAAUGUUAUACAGUGAAUGUAGCUGCUGGCUGUGAAACCCACAGUGCUGAGUCAUCUGCUGAAUGGUCUCCCUUACCUAAGCUUUGUUAUGAAGCUGAAAGUCCAGAUGAAGCUGCCUUGGUCCAUGCUGCUAAGGCUUAUAAAUGUAUUUUACAGUCUAGGACUCCUGAUCAAGUUACUGUGGAUUUUGCAGGUCUGGGAUCUUUAACAUUUCAGCUUUUGCAUAUCCUGCCUUUUGACUCAGUGCGAAAAAGGAUGUCAGUAGUGGUUCGGCAUCCAGUCUCCAACCAAGUGGUGGUGUACACAAAAGGUGCAGACUCAGUCAUGAUGGAUUUGUUGGGAACUGCACCUGAAGAUACCAAGAAUUCAGAAAUGGAACAGAAGAAUAUUAAAGAGAGAACCCAGAAUCAUCUGGAUGACUAUGCCAGAAAGGGACUGCGCACUCUUUGUAUUGCUAAAAAGGUGAUGAGUGAUGAAGAAUAUACAGAAUGGUUAAAUAAUCAUUUUUUAGCAGAAACCAGCAUUGGCAAUAGGGAGGAGCUGCUGCUGGAAUCCGCCAUCAGGCUUGAAACCAAACUAACUUUGCUUGGUGCCACUGGCAUUGAAGAUCGCCUGCAAGAUGGUGUUCCAGACACAAUACAGGCAUUACGGGAAGCAGGAAUAAAAAUAUGGAUGCUGACAGGUGACAAGAGAGAGACAGCUGUCAACAUCGCCUAUGCUUGUAAAUUGCUGGAGCCAGAUGACAGAAUCUUCACACUCAAAUCACAAAGUAGAGAUGCUUGUGCUUUGGUGAUGAACAGUAUUUUAGAACACAUGCAAAAAAGCACUGCUGACCAAAAAAAAGUAAAUCAGAAACUUGGGAAUGUCUCUACAAGUCCUUCUACCCAAGCUCAAGGCUUCAGUGCAGGCCUGGUUAUUGAUGGAAGGACUUUAGAGCAUGUACUUCAGGACAGCCUGCAGAAUGUUUUCUUGGAGCUCACAGAAAAAUGUCGAGCUGUAGUCUGCUGCCAAGCCACACCACUGCAGAAGAGUGUGCUGGUCAGAUUGGUGCGAAAUAAGCUGAAGGCAAUGACAUUAGCUGUAGGUGAUGGUGCCAACGAUGUCAGUAUGAUCCAGGUAGCUGACACUGGUGUGGGAAUCUUGGGCCAAGAAGGCAUGCAGGCUGUGAUGGCAAGUGACUUCGCAAUUUCUCAGUUCAGGCAUCUCAGGAAGCUGCUGCUUGUCCAUGGUCACUGGUGUUAUACCAGGCUUACCAACAUGAUACUCUACUUCUUCUACAAGAAUGUGACCUACGUGAACCUCUUAUUCUGGUACCAGUUCUUCUGUGGGUUUUCAGGCACAUCAAUGACUGACUAUUGGAUCUUGAUUUUUUUCAAUCUCCUUUUUACAUCGGUGCCACCCAUCAUUUAUGGUGUCUUGGACAAAGAUGUGUCUGCAGAGAUACUCAUGCAGAUCCCACAGCUGUACAAGAUGAGCCAGAAAUCUGUGGCCUACUUGCCUUCAACCUUUUGGAUAACCUUGCUCGACGCUUUUUACCAAAGUCUUGCUUGCUUUUUUGUGCCUUACUUCACUUACUAUGGCUCAGACAUAGACAUUUUUUCUUUUGGAAACCCUAUAAACACAGCAGCACUUUUUAUAAUAUUGUUUCACCUUCUCAUUGAGUGCAAAUCCGUGACUUGGAUUCAUACGAUAGUUAUAGUUGGCAGCAUCCUAUUUUACUUCAUUUUUGCUCUGGCUUUUGGGGCAACCUACAGAACCCAUAAUCCACUAUCAAAUCCUUAUCGGAUCAUGGAAAAGCAUAUGGCAGACCCAUUCUUUUACCUAGUGUGCCUCCUGACUACUUGUGUCGCUCUGCUACCGAGAUACUUCCUGAGGGCUCUCCAAGGAACAUUGUUUCCAUCUCCAGUGUUGAAAGCCAAGCACUUAGACAAACUGAUCUCUGAGGAGAAGAGGGAAGCAAUUAAGAAAUGGAAGGAUGAACGGGUUGUAAGCUGUAGAAUGGAGUUGCAAGUUACUUCUGGGUCUUCUGACUCAGCCACAGCAGUGAGUACAUUGAGCAUUUGCAGGUGGCAACAGCCACAGCCUUCAUGUAGUGGAUGACUUCACAGCCCAGCUCUGGCCUGCUCAUGGAAUACACUGAGCUGAAGAAUUCUCUAAGCCAUGCUCUGAUAGUCCCCCAAUGCCACUGGCUACAGCAUGAGAGCAUGAAGCACCAGUGCUCCCUGGUAUGCUGCUUCCCUAGGUAGUCCUCAGUCCCUGCAGGAGACAGCGAUCACAUCCCAAAGAUGCAUGUGCUAAAAACUUUCUAAUGGCUGAAUUUCCAUGUGGUUUUUGUGUUACUAAUUUCUGUUUUACUCUGGUUUAUUUACUCCUGUCUUCAUGGUCCCAGGUGCCUUACUGCUGACUGCAGUUAAAAGUCAAAUUUUAACUAUUUCAUGUUUCUGCAUGCUUGUAUUUUUUAUUUCAACAUCUUCAUGCAUUGAAAUUCAGCAUCCUGAUUGUAAGGAGAUAUGUCCUUAGCUGACCUGAGGAAAGCCAUAUAGCCAAACAUGUUAAUUUUUCAACUAUUUAAAUCCCAAAUAGUUGUUGACAGUGCUGUCCUUGGUAUUCUUCUGUACUGGAUGCAUAUGUGCAGAAGAAACCAGAAGUUGUAGAGGAGGUUUAGUGCCAAACCCUCUGCCAAUUUGUGAUGCAAGCAGAGCUGCCAGUAGUGCAUGACAAACCAGAUAAGAGCAGUUCAAUACCAUUUCAAACCUGUUUUUAGGAAUUAGUGCUGAAGUCAUAAUUUUUGUCACUACUCUCUUCACACUUCCACAUUGUCAUUGAGUCUAUGGGAAGAUUGAAACACCUGAAGCAGAGACAUUACUAGGAAAAUUAUUGUAAAUUUUUAUUAGUACAGUGAGAAAGAAGCACAUCGGCUGUCUGUAUGACAUUGCUUCCAUUUGGCUGCACAGUCAUGGUAGAAGUGAAACCAACAGUGUCACCUCGCAGUGAAGCUAUGCUUGUAAAGAACAUAGCAUGGUUGUGGCUGUCGCCAUUACAGCAGCACAUAUGAAAAAGUUUCAAGGCAGUAGUAGGAGGAAUAUACUUGCCUAUUUGAUGCGCACACAUAGAAAAAAGCAGUAUAAAAAUACAUUUAUAAAAUUACAAAUUUCCUCUUUACAUGGAAUGUGGUGGCAGACAACUUGUGGGGGAAAGCCACAGCCCUGUGGGCUGGAGCUUGGUUUAUAAUAUCUUGACAUGACCCCAAACAGGAGAGGCUGGGCCCUUUGUUUAAGCAAUACUCUCAUUUGGUUCCUGGGAGGGACUGCAUAUAAAAUGUGGCAGAGCCAAACCCAAUUAAUUGAAGUAUGUUAUUAUUUCACAUACUAUCAUUUGGUAGUGCUAAUAUUUGUACAAAAUGACUGUAUGUACUCCAGUCCUUUGUUUAAUUCAGGGGUGUGAACUGCUUCUUCUAGUCAGGGAAGCUGCUAGAUUCACAACAGCUUCUAUUUGCUCUUACCUCCAGAAGGCCAAGCCUGCAGAACUGCUGCCUAUGCUGUGCUGUGCUGCAGAGAGCCUGGCCCCAGGGAGAGCUGCAGUGGGGCAACCUGCUGCUCA